CUCUUCUUCCUCCUCCUUUUAUCAAGUGUUUCAAAGCUGCUGAUGGUUUUUGGAGGCAUUAGGGGUUAGAAUGGCUCUCAGGCUGCUCGGGUAGCGGAAGCGAGCCAUCAAAUAUUCUCCCAUCUUUAUCAGCCAAGAUCAGCAUGUGAUCUAUGUAUUCAGAUCUUCUUAAAAGAGUUGGGCGGUCUCUCAGUUUCCUACUAAGGUUUCCUGAGUCUCUUAGCUCAUGGUGUUAUUUUCUGGCCCUGCUCCCUGGUCAGGGCUUUUGAUCCCCCCAACUAGGAGCAUCCAUGGCUUUUGGCAAUCCAUCUCUCGGACGCCCAUGGACAUGAAGUGACUUCACAAUGUCACCAUUUGUUCUGUGACUCUGAUUUAUAUAGCUAUGGUUUCACAAGAGUUUGCAAAUCGGUCAGCCUCCAGCGUUUUACGCCGAUGCAUUACCUCAGAUAUGGAUGAUCACCAUCGAAUUCAUUGUGGAGAUCUUGGCAGUGCAUUGUAUUGCGAUGGAAAGGACCAGAAUGACUUGAUUCAACUUAGCAUGCCAUCUGAUUUCCAGUCACCUGGGGAACAAUUUUUUGGACUAACUGACAUGCUUCAUAAUCAAAGAUCGGAGGAUUCUGAGUUAGGACGGAGACAUUUGGUGAAUUGUCAAGCUGAGAAGAGGAACAAUUUCCAUGGUUUUAUGUAUGGCUGUCAGAAUAGAUUAUCACUAACUCUUGGUUCUCACCCCUUCUCUGAUGUGUUGAGUCCAAACCAGUAUAAGCAGACACAACUAAAUAGCAUGUCUUCAAACUACACACUUGCUAGAGAAGAUUCAGCAGAGUUUCAUCCCCAAAGUGCUAAACAUGCAAGGGAUGACUACAUGUUCUGUGAAUGUGAAAAAACUAGCAGUGGUGAUAAUACCUCAAACCCUGCUGAUUGUAUGUCAUGUUUAACCACUGCUUUUCAAAAUUCACCAUACCUGAAGCCAGCCCAAGAGUUGCUUGAUGAAGUUGUGUGCGUAAGCAAUGCAGUGGAGCAAAGUUCAAAUAAGCAAUCGAGGAAACAUAUGGCAGCUGGAAUGACUGAUAGGAUUAGCGGCCGAUCUUUUCAAGCGCGAGAAAGGAUGAACAAUCAUGAAGUAAACACAAGAUGGACAAAUCAUUACUCAUCAGAGAAGGAAAAUGAUGCUCAGGUCAGGAUCACCAAGCUUGUUGCUUUGUUGGAUGAGCUUGAGAGUCGAUAUGAGCAGUAUUUCAGCCGCAUGGACCAAGUGGUGUCAUCAUUUGAGGUCGUAGCAGGCUCAGGAGCUGCUGCAUCCUACACUGCCCUCACAAUCCAAGCAAUGUCUCGACACUUCUCCCACCUCAGGGAUUCGAUAGUCGCUCAAAUACAUGCUUCAAGGGAAUCUCAGUUUGAAGACAUACCAAUUUCGCGACAUAAAUUUUCCGAAGAGAGCACUGGACAAAAGGGAGAGACUCUACGGCACCUAGGAAUGAUCCAAAUCCGACAAGUUUGGAGACCACUAAGAGGAUUACCAGAAAACUCAGUUGCAGUCCUUCGAGCUUGGCUUUUCGAACAUUUUCUUCACCCCUACCCAGAUGACAGUGAGAAGCUUAUGCUGGCUUCAAAGACGGGCUUAACCAGAAACCAAAUUUCAAACUGGUUCAUAAAUGCGCGUGUCCGUCUGUGGAAGCCAAUGAUUGAAGAGAUGUACAGAGAGGAGUUUGCAGAGGAAUCUGGGAGUUCAAACCCAUCUUCUUAAAAUAUGACCAUAGUAAGGUUAACUUGGAUUGUUGUAAGAUAUGAUAUGAUAUGAUUUGAUUAAUGUUUUCUGCGUAUGUUCCUAUCUCUGCUGGUCCUUCUUGGAAUUUGUGACACUUCUAAUUUUAUAGAAGCUAAGGUUAUGUAGAGAGAAAUCAAGCUGCUUGUUGUAGCAGUGAAUUACGAUGA